AUGGCCACCGCUCCCGCUCCCGCUCUCAAUGCUUACCGGCAUCUAAUGCGCGCGGCGCGAAUCGCCUUCCAAGGCGACGCCCCUAUCUUGUCUGCUGCUCAGCUUCAAAUCCGCAACGAGUUCCGCCAAAAAGCCUCGAUCAACGCUUCCGAUGCUCCUGCUGCUAUAAAGCAUGCCGAGGAUGUUGCAAAGGUCCUUCGUCAGAAUGUUGUCCAAGGCCAAAGAACAGAAGAGGGCAAGGAUACCUUCAAGCUGAGAAUACACGAGGAUAUUGAACGAGGCGAUAACGAGUCUAUUAAGACGGCUGGCAAGGGCGCAGUUUCAGGUGGCUGCUGCGGUGGUGGUGGUAAAAAAUGA